AUGGAUGACCGCAGCGCCGAUGUCCUCGUCAACCGCGAUGACCCCAUACCCACCAUAACCUUCGAGGCAUUUACACCGCGCUCUGGGACACCUUCAACAUCAGCAUCCACCUCGCAGCAACCCACAGGCCAUGACUCCGAGCAACCAGACAUCGAGACGCCGACGCGCCGUAGGGGCGGUCUGCGCGGGCGCUUCUCAGCCUUCAAGGAGAGGGCCGGGCUGCAGGACAUGCUGGUUGAGAAGCUGCUCGCCCAGGUAGUCCCGCUUGAUGAUGCAGAUAUCCCGCGGGACGACCAGCAGAAAGGCGAUACGCCGCUGGAUGGUCGGACAGAGCGGCCCAACUUCAACCUAACUACCAUGUCGAACAACUUCCGGCGUAUGAACUCACGUAUCGGUGUUGUCUUCGUGUUCCAAGCACGCGCCAUCCGGUUACUGUCGUGGAAGCAACCAACGCACACGCUCUCGUUCCUGGCCAUCUACUCCUUCGUGUGUCUGGACCCGUAUCUUCUACCACUGCUGCCCUUGGCCAUCCUCCUGGUUGCCGUGCUAGUACCAAGCUUCGUGGCGCGCCACCCGGCAGCAGAGUUCAGCCUGCCGAGCGAACAGGCCUUCGGAUACUCGCCCAACGGCCCGCCCCUGGCGCCCGCCGUCACGGUCAAGCCUGUCAAGGAGCUGAGCAAGGAUUUCUUCCGCAACAUGCGCGACCUGCAGAACAGCAUGGAGGACUUCAGCCAGCUGCACGAUGCCGUCGUCUCGUUAGUCGUGCCGCGCACCAACUUCAGCAACGAGGCGCUGAGCAGUGCCCUGUUUGUCUUCCUGUUCGCUGCGUGCCUUUUCAUGAGCAUAGCCUCGAAUAUCCUGCCCUGGCGGCUGAUCUUCCUGGUCCUGGGCUGGGGCGUGACGUGUAUGGGUCAUCCGGCCAUUCAGCGGCAGAUUGAGAACGCGCAUAAGAAACAUCUCCAGCCGCAGGAGGAGAAGGCCAUGAGCCUUGUGGAGAAGUGGGUGGACGGCGAUAUCAUACUGGACAGCGCGCCCGAAACCCGGGAAGUGGAGAUCUUUGAGCUGCAGCGUCUGUCGAGUGCGGAAGAAUGGGAGCCCUGGCUUUUCACGGCUUGGCCAUACGAUCCGCUAUCUCAGGCCCGUAUAUUGGGCGAGAGGCCAGUCGGUACGCGGUUCUUCGAGGACGUCCUACCGCCGCAGGGCUGGGAGUGGAGCGAGAAGAAAUGGGCGCUCGACCUCUGGAGCCGCGAGUGGGUCGAGGAGCGUAUCAUCACGGGCGUCGAGAUCGAGACUGAGGGCGAGAGAUGGGUCUACGAUAUCUACGACGAGAAGGCGGAUAGGGUCGGCGUGGUUGAGGCCUCGCCACCGACGAAGGGGAAGGAGAAUUCGGCCCCGCCGAAGCCGAGCUGGGAAGAGGGUGAGGAUGGGGAGGAGAGGAGGGGGGAGUGGCGGCGGAGGAGAUGGGUUCGCUUGGUCAAGAGGAGGGUUGUUAGCAGAGAUGCUGCAGCUUGA